CAGGGAGGCCUGCCCGGUGAUCAUCCUGACCCGGCGAUGGACGCGGCCCCUCAGGGGCGGGGAGCGCCCUGCCUCAGCUGCAGGCUUCCAGUGUUGGAGGACGUGGUGGGGGUCUGUAGCUGCGCUUCAGACUCGAUUUUUCCAGUUCAUUCAUGCUGAGUGUUAGCAGUUCUUUUCUACGGUUUUUUUUUGACCUUCUAAUGGAGAUAAAAGCAGCUGUCAGAAGAUACGAAACAAGAAAUAAGACAGCAGGAACAGAACUGUCAUUAUCCAAAUCCCGAGUUGAUUGGAGACGCACUAAAAGGGAGCUCAUACUGUUUGACAGCGAUGACGAAUCCUCAGGUACAUCUGAGGAGGAAGAACCUACCACAUCAGAAGAUGAAGUAGAUGAGAAAGAUGAAACUGUUGUGAAGAACAGACUUUUAGAUCAGGAGGAGAAAAGCCGUUCUGAGGAAGUAACAGAAGAUGGUGAGGAUGAGUACAUCGUACCUGGGAAGCGUAAAAGGUUGAACACCUCUGUCUUGUAUGACAGUGAUGAAAGUGAGGGCAGUGAUAUACUUGUUAGAAAAGUUUUUGCUAAACGCCACUGUAUAAUGGAUGAAGAUGACAGUUCUGAAGAACAUCAGCCUGUUAAAACCUGCCCUACAGAAAAUGUUUCUACUAAUAGGAAACAGAAAGUAUUUGCAAAAUUGAAAGAACUUGCAAGACAAAGAGCAACUUGGAGCAGUGAAAGUUGUGAGGAUUCUAAUGGUGAAGGAGAAACAGAAGAGGAACCAUUCUGUCACAUGCCCCUCACAUCAACAGAAGAUGGUGAAACUGACAGUGACAGCAUGAAAGAUUUCAUAGUAGAAGAGGAAGAUGAUGAUGACAACACAGAGCACAUAACAAGUGAAAACCAGCCACAACAGAAGAAACUAAAUAUAUCAAAUAGCGAGUUGCUGGCAUACUAUGUCCCACACCAUGGAACAAGACAAAAGAAAUACGCGCAAGAUAUGUUGCUUUCACUUCAUUAUUUGGAUGACCGCUUCAUUCAACCUCGUCUUGAGAACUUAAUCUCUAGAAGUCGCUGGAAAGAUCGAUACAAGGAGCGUGUGGAUUGUUAUCCAGAUGUUCGCAUAAUCUUGAAAAAUCGAGAAAGUAAGUCUUGUCAGGCCUGUGAAUUGAAUCGGCAUUGUCAGUUUAAUGUGCAGCUCUCUGGAAAGCUUUAUAAUAGUAGAACUUUGGAAGUGGAUGACUUCAUGUCGGAUGACAAACAGGUUUUGAAGGUUGGCGUGGUAUGUGCAAAUCGUACAAGAGUUUAUCAUAAUUUGAAGCACUUCAAAUACAAGUUGUAUAUGGAUUGCAGCUCUAUUACUGAGUUGGAUGGUGUUGAGGAUGAACCAGUCAAAGACACAGUCACACGGCUUUUCAGCCAUUUGGAAGACAGUGGGUGGAUUCAGAAGAGAUAUAAUGAUCUUGAAGACUACAUGAAUGAUGCAGACAAUUUUCAAGAAGAGAAGAUGGAUUAAGAGGUCAUAUAGCUCUUUGAAAGACAUCUUGUAAAAAUUUGAAUGGCCUGCUUUAUCUGCAUAUACUUUAUCUUUCUUGGUCUUCAAGAUUCCUUUUAGGUUGUUACACUUAAAUCUGUAUGCCUUUAAACUACUGUUUGAGAAUGUGUGCUGUAUAUUUUUUUUUCUCACCUGUGUCAGUAGUAACUUGACAAGGAUUACCAAAUCAGUCCUUCCAGUCUUACUGCAUAGGUUACUUUAAGUUUCCUUCUGUUCUUAAAAAUAACACCUCAAUAUGUGUUUAUUUGUGAAAUAAACUCCCACCUAUUUAUAUUGAGCUGUACCAUAGGGAAAGUAGGAGAUGCUGAGACCUUUUUCAGUAGGUUAUUUGGAAGAGUAAAGCUAUGUUAUACAAGAACAUAUGACGUGCAUCUUACCUUUUUUAUUGCUCGUUAUAUGUAAGGAAGUCCAACCAUUUAGAAUGAUAGUUACAAUAAAUGGGACCUGAUGCAAAGAUAUUUCUCUCUUCUGAGGAAUCAGUAUAGGCUGUUGCAAGGCAACAGAGGAGAUACUCUGCAAUCCUGACUACGUCUGCAGCACAGUAGUCAUUCCUCUCUUUAGAGAGUAGGUGAUGAGUCAUAUUAUAGGCGUCAUACAGACUGAGUCUGGCUUAGCAAUCUAAAUGAACAGUUGGGCUCACAGUGCUGUCUCUGAUAAGCAGCUGGAGCAAUUUACUGAGAUUUUAAACAUCAAAUUACUUUGUGCAAACAUAGUGGCCACAACUUGCAGUAACUAAAAAAUUAAGAGAAUGGAUUGAUGUGGCCAUGCAAGAUAAGCAAGAAUUAUUCCAGUGUAACUUAGCAGAAAGUAGGAGUUACUCUGAAUUGUGAUGCAUGGCUUAUCUGAAUGGCAUGAAGUUCAAAUCAGAGUUCUUUGGAACCAGGGGAGUAGAUUUUUGAGUGAGGAAGGGUUAAGUACUGUGUUGUCCAUUCUGAGAAAUUGGACAUGAGCUGGCACUGUGCGCUCACACCCCAGAAAGCCAAUUCUAAGCCAGGCUGCAUAAAAGGAAGUGUGGCCAGCAGGUCCAAGGAGGUGAUUCCCCCAACUACUUUUGCUCUCAUGACACACCUCCUGGAGUGCUGCAUCCAGCUCUGGGGUCCCCAUCACAAUAAAGACAUGGACCUGUUAGAGGGGGUCUAGAGGAGGCCAUGAAAAUGGUCAGAGGACUGGAACACCUCUCAUAUGAAGAAAGGCUGAGAGUGUUUGGGGUGGUUCAUCCUGGAGAAGAGAAGGCUCUGUGUAGACCUUACUGUGGCCUUUCACUGCUUAAAGGGUGCUUAUAAGAAAAACAGAGAGACAUUUUUACCAAGGCCUGUAGUGACAGGCAACAGUUUUAAAUGGAAAGAGGGUAGGUAUAGAUGGACAUAAGGAAGAUAUUUCUUAUGAGGAAGGUGGUGAGACACUGGAACUGGUUGCCCAGAGUUGUGGCUGCUCCCUCCCUGGCAGUGUUCAAGGCCAGGUUGGACUGGGCUUU